AUGUUCCGCCAAAUACGCGUAGCACCCGAAGACACUAAAUAUCAGUGUAUCUUCUGGCGUCCUUCAGAAAACUCUCCGCUAGCAGCUUAUCGUUUGGAAACCGUCACAUACGGCACGGCGUGUGCACCCUUUCAUGCCAAUCGCGUCUUAAAACAACUCGCGAAAGACGAAGGCGAAAAGUAUCCGUUGGGAGCAGCCAUCUUGUUAGACGAAUUCUACGUAGACGAUGCUAUGUUCGGUGCAGACGAUCCGUCGCUAUUGGUAGACAUGCGCGAUGAGCUGAACCGAUUGCUCAUGGCGGGCGGGUUUAAAUUGAGGAAAUGGGCAAGCAACUCUUCGUCACUCCUCAAAGAUAUCCCAGCAGAGGAUCAUGGGUUAGCGGUUAGCAGAACCUUGCAAGAUGACGAAAGGGUUAAGGUGUUAGGAAUUCAGUGGAACCCUUCCUCCGAUGUCUUUCAUUUCCAUACGAAUACUCCCGAACUUAAGAAAUAUACGAAGCGGGCAUUCUUAUCGCUAUUGGCAAAAACGUACGACCCGUUAGGUUGGAUAGCACCCUUUAUUGUUCAAGGAAAAAUAAUCUUACAAAAGUUGUGGUUGGCAAAAGUUAGCUGGGACGACAAUUUACCUCCAGAUUUAGCACGCGAUUGUGAGAAGUUUCACUCAAUGCUCUCCUACACAAGAGAUAUUUCGAUUCCUAGAUGGGUAGGAGUAGGAGGGGAGAUAAAAACGGUGCAGCUACACGGCUUCUGUGAUGCCUCUCACUUAGCGUACGCUGCAGCGGUGUAUAUCCGAGUAGAGUCUUCGUCAACAAAGGUUACGCUGCUGUAUGCAAAAACUAAGGUGGCCCCGUUGAAAGUGCAGAGCAUUCCUCGGCUUGAACUCUGCGCGGCUGAGCUGUUGAGUCGGGCGAUCAAUUUUGUUCUUGGGGCGUUGCGAGUCAAACUCGAUGCCAUCGUCUGUUGGUCAGAUUCAAAAGUUGUAUUAGAUUGGUUAAAUGCACCUCCAGGAAACUGGAAGACCUUCGUAGCAAACCGAGUAUCAGAAGUGCAAACGAGCUUACCUUCGGCUCUGUGGCGUCACGUUCCAGGGACGCAAAACCCCGCCGAUUGUGCGUCGCGAGGAUGCUCAGCCAGGGAUCUCAGGACGCAUGAUCUCUGGUGGAGUGGACCGAACUGGCUGUCAGAUCCCUCGGAGAGCUGGCCACAGCAAGGGUUCACUCCAAGGGACGAGCAGGUCGGCGAGGAAUGUUCGGUACAGGUGGCUUCAAACGUAGAUCACAAGGUGGAACCGUUGGAGAUCUUAUCUCGUUUCUCUUCCUGGCCUAAAUUAUUGAGAGUACUUGUAUACGUGUACAAAUUCUACAACGCGUGCAGAAAAAGUCCAAACACAGAGAAAGGCAAGGUCGUCUCGAAGACAGAAAUACAGUUCGCAAAAACUAAAUGCUUUCAACUGAUACAAGCUAAUCACUUUCCAACAGAAUUGAGAGAACUUGCUAAACCAAAAGGAGUGCUAACUAAAAGUUCAAUUUUGGCUCUUUCCCCGUAUUUAGAUAAAGAUCACAUAAUUCGCGUGGGUGGGCGCUUAAAGUACUCACCUCUGCCUGAAUCGGAGAAACAUCCGAUAAUACUUCCGCGAUGCCACGUCACUUCACUAAUUUUGAAGCACGUGCACAUCAUGACGCAGCAUGGAGGGCUGCAACUGACAUUGCGAACCCUGCGCCAGCAGUAUUGGGUCAUUCACGCGCGAACCCAAGAAGAAUUGUACGGUACACAGUACACUCAUUACAUCGGUAAUGGCGAUAGUAUAACCUAUAAAGGUAUUAUUGAUUCAAAACCGUAUGGCGACAAAGUUAUCGUAAAAAAAGACUGCAUCAACCAUGUACAAAAGCGAAUGGGCACGAGAUUACGACAGUUAAAAAAAACUCACAAAGGACUUGGCGGUAGAGGAAAGUUGACCGACAAAAUGAUUAGCGAAUUGUGCAACUACUAUGGAAAAGCUAUUCGUGAAAAUAAUGAGUCUGUAGAAAAAAUGCUCAAUGCCAUAUGGGCCACCAUCUACCACAAAAGGUCGUUAGACGAAAAUCCAACCAUGAGUUGUGUCCAAAAGGAACUGAAGCCACAGAACCAUGCUUUGCGUCGACGGUUUGCUGAUUGGAUUCUAGGGCAGCUCGAUGUGGAUCCAAAUUUUCAUCGAAAAAUCAUCUUUUCAAAUGAGGCUCAUUUUUGGCUUGAUGGCUUUGUAAACAAGCAAAACUGCCGUAUUUGGGAUGAUUCUAAUCCGCAGGUGAUUCAACAGCGACCAUUAUAUCCGAAAAAAAUCACUGUUUGGUGUGGAUUAUGGGCUGCAGGCAUCAUUGGACCAUUUUUUUUCGAAAAUGAACGAGGAGAUGCUGUUACAGUGAAUGAUGAUUUUGACUUGAAUGAGAUGUGGUUUCAACAGGAUGAUGCCACGUGUCACACAGCUGCCUAA